UCGGCCAGCGAGUACGACUACGUGAGCUUCCAGUCGGACAUCGGCGCGUACCAGAGAGGGCGCUUCUACACCAAGCCGCCGCAGUGCGUGGACAUCCCGGCCGACCUGCGGCUGUGCCACAACGUGGGCUACAAGAGGAUGGUGCUGCCCAACCUGCUGGAGCACGAGAGCAUGGCGGAGGUGAAGCAGCAGGCCAGCAGCUGGGUGCCCCUGCUCAACAAGAACUGCCACCUGGGCACGCAGGUCUUCCUGUGCGCGCUCUUCGCGCCCGUGUGCCUCGACCGGCCGAUCUACCCGUGCCGCUGGCUCUGCGAGGCCGUGCGCGACUCCUGCGAGCCCGUCAUGCAGUUCUUCGGCUUCCACUGGCCUGAGAUGCUCAAGUGCGACAAGUUCCCCGAGGGGGACGUCUGCAUCGCCAUGACCCCGCCCAAUGCCACCGAAGCCUCCAGACCCCAAGGUAUGACUGUGUGUCCUCCGUGUGACAACGAGUUGAAAUCUGAGGCCAUUAUCGAGCACCUCUGUGCAAGCGAGUUUGCACUCAGGAUGAAAAUAAAAGAGGUGAAAAAAGAAAACGGUGACAAGAAGAUUGUGCCCAAGAAGAAGAAGCCCCUGAAGUUGGGACCCAUCAAAAAGAAGGAACUGAAGAGGCUGGUGCUGUUCCUGAAGAACGGGGCCGACUGCCCAUGCCACCAGCUGGAUAACCUGAGCCCCCACUUCCUCAUCAUGGGCCGGAAGGUGAAGGGCCAGUACCUGCUCACGGCUAUUCACAAAUGGGACAAGAAGAACAAGGAGUUCAAAAACUUCAUGAAGAAGAUGAAAAAUCAUGAGUGCCCCACUUUUCAGUCGGUCUUUAAGUGACUCCAGCUGGUGGGGGGUAGGGAGCAGUGUGGGUGGGGGCAAGGGGGGAACAGCAAAUGCUCCUGGGGCCCGUGGUCACACACAUUGCUCCCGUUGGUGCAGUGGGUGUGGGCGCUGCAAUUGGUUGGCUUUGUUCUCACAGCCCCCCCCAGCCCCUCACAUCCCAGGAUAGCCAGGUCAGGUAAGGGGGCCACUCAGCUUAGGAAGGCUCUGGAUAGCUGCAUUGGGGAAGGGCAGGUGUAGUGCCUUGGGGCAGACCCGUUGCACCUGGAGACACAGACACUAAAUGAGAGAGUUCCUGGAUAAGUCCCCUGUUCAAAAGAGAGGGAUCAGGCAGAACUUGAGAAAGGGCAUCAGACCGUCAGAGAGGCUGUGAGUUGCUUAUGGAUCUAUUGGCUGACCUGUGCCUUUGAAACUAGUGCCUUCUUGCUAUUUUUGAGUCCCAUUGCUUUCAGGUUCAGGGUAAUUUAUCUUCUGUCUGCAUUAGAUAGGAACAAAUGCAUCCCUGCUUAUCCUAUGAGUUCAGAAAGUAACAGGUGCAGGGACACAGAGUGCACAUGCAGUAUGUGAUCGUGGGAAGGAAGGGGUAGGAGGGACGACCAGGGCCCGCUGAGCCCUUGGCCCUGAGUGUCUCAUGGUGAGUCAGCCGUGGUCAUCAGCCUGUGUGUGAGGCCCCUCCAGAUACUUAAAGGGCUGCAAAGGAAGCAGAACACGGCAGCGGGGAGAGGAGCCUUUCCAGGGUGAGGAGGUGGUUCAUGGUUUUCUAAAGACAGCUAAAGAAAGAAAAA